UGCAGCUGUUUACUAUUUAAUGACCAAUCACCUAUGCAAACGCAUUAAAAAUAUGUUAUCUAAACGAUUUGUAUUAACAUAGAGUAAAUUCUAUGGUACAAAUAAAUGAUAUGUAUCAUUUAUGUCAAUGUACAUUAGUCUAUGGCUUGUGCCUGCAAUGGUGUGAUAGUGUUUGCUAUUUCUUUAGAUUUUUUUCGCUUUAAGACAUAAGUAUCAACAUUGAAAUUUUUAUUGUACAGUCCCCGUUCAUGUUUUUUCAAUUUACGAUUGGCGAAUUCGUGAUUUGGUAGUAUACUGAAAAAUGGCUAGAUUUAUUGAACACUUGUCCGAUGAGAUGGGCACUUUGUCAAUCAAUGACCACUGGAAUGAACUUGGAUUGGAUGAAAAUAUCCGAAAAAAGUUAAAGGAAAUCGAAAAUGAUUAUGAAAGCAUUUUUUCAUGGAACAUCCAACAAUUGACAGGAUGCAAUCAAAAUCUUAUGAAUAAUCGCAUUGAAAAGGUUCGAGAAAAGUUAGAAAUGAUCAUUGACAAGGAAGACGAAUACAAUUUAAACAGAUUUUAUUUACAACUAAUUGUUAGUUAUGAACUUUACAUUAGUAAAAGUUACAAGGAAUCAUAUUUGGAAAUUGAAAACAUUGUUAAAUUUAUGAAAUCAUGUAAAUUUGACGAGUCAAAUGGACAAUACUCUGAUGCUUAUUACCAUAUUGCUCAUGCCACCCAUGCUUAUAUUGCAUUAUCAUUAAAAAAUGAUUCAGAAGAGUUAUUAAAGAAUGUUAAAGAAAUCAAUAAUUUUAAUAGAGCAGAGAAAGCUGCAGUUUGUGCAGUUAAAACAAGAAUUUUUAUGGAGUAUUCACCUAAAGGAAAUGAUAUAGCUUUAAAAUUUGCUGAUCAAGCUCGAACCCUUCAUUCUACUGAACCUGAAUGGAUAGUAAUUUGGCUAAAAGCUAAAGGACGAGUAAGACGUUAUUAUGAACAAUUUUCAAUGCCAGAGAAUGCAGAAUUGGAUGCUGCAGAAAUAUUAUGCUCUACAAAAACUAAGGCUCGACUUUUAAUUCAAGCUUCUAAAGUUUACAUGGAAGCAGCAUUUGUUAAUAAAUUAACAAAUAACCGAGAAGAAUCAAACAAAUAUUAUAAGCUUUCGUCUGAUAUUACUAAAAAAUCAGUUGAAUUAGCCAAAGAUAAUACAAAACAACUUUAUUCUUGUUUACUGACAUGUAUUAAUUAUCCUAAAGAGUUAUUGUCAAAAUCUAUGAUAGACAAUUUAAUUGAAAAACUGACAAAAGUUAAAAAUAGCCGUGUAGAUGAAGUUUUAGGCAAAUAUUAUUUAAAAAACGAAAAGGAUUAUAAAAAAGCAAAAAUGUAUUUGUCUCGUGGAAUGGCUGCUGGUCAUUUUAGUAGUUCAUUGCAAUUAGUAAAAGUAGAAUGCCUAUUACAACCUGUCGAUAAAUUUCCUUUUGUUCAAACAUUAAACAUGAUGUAUGAUGUUUUUUUGAGUUCAAAAAGGAGGCUUAUUAUUUUAUCACAAAUAUUAUUAUACUACAAUUACUGUGAAAAUAAUCCUAAAGAAAUGAUGCGCUACUUAAAAAUGUAUAUUGACCAAGACAUUGAAGAUGCAUUGAAAAAACGUCAUUUAAUUUUUACUUAUCCAUUGUUUAAGAUAAAUGGAUUUAAACCAAGACAAUUUCUGAAUGUCCUAUCUAUAAAAAUAAAAGAAUUAGUGAACAAUAAUAAGUGGAGUUUAGAAGAAAAAAAAAUAAUAGAUGAAACAUUUGAUCAGUUCAAUGAGAUAUCAAAAUUGAAUUUUAAUGAUGAUAAUAAAACUACUUUCUACAGAAAAAAUGAUACCAAAAUGUAUCCUAAUAAUAAAGGAAAAAAUGAAUCUUGGCGAAAACAGAAGGUUGAUUUGUCAUCACAAAAUGAGUUUAAUAAUAUUCAUCAACGCCAAUUUGCUUCAAAAUAUGUUAAUCAAAAGAAGUCUUUUGAAAAACAUGGUGCUCGAGUUAUAGAACCAUUAACAAAUCAACACAAAGAAAUGUAUAAUAGUUUUGAAUUACCUGUAAAAAUCCCUAAUGAGUCAAUGAAGAUUUUAAAUAAUUCAGAUAGUAUUGAGACAAAGCAAAAAAAGUUUGAAAACAAAUUUAGUUCCUUGGGAAAUUUACAUGUUGUGUCAUUAGAACAAAACUCUAUCAAAAGACCAUUUAGUAGUAGGAUAUACGAUAAAAGUGGUAAAAAAUAUGGUGGUUUUAAAUCAAGUUGGCGAAAUCAGCAAAAUGUUUCUCAGAACCAAAAUAACUUUGAAAUAUUUCACAACCAUGAAAUUAAUUCUAAACGCUUUCAAGAAUAUAAAAAUGAAUACCUGAACAAUCAAGAAGCUAGAAAGCCAACACAUGAAUCUGGAAAUCAUUCAUUAUCUGGCGGGUCAUGCAAAGAUAUUGGUGAUUUAGUUUGAGUAAAAUGUAGGA